AUGAAAUUCCUAUCCAGCGUGGUACUUGUUGCCUUUGGUCUCUUCAACGCUGUUUGCGGUAAUGCCGUUCCGUGGGAGCGUAUCGAUGAAGAGGAUGCUUUGCUCCUCAUCCUUGAUCUUCAAGUCGGCCUCUAUCAACUUGCGCGCGACUGGGAUGCCACUCUCUACCGCGACAACAUCAUGGCCCAUGCUGAGUUGGGCAAGAUCUUCAACUUGCCCGUCAUCAUGACCACUUCGGCUGACCAAGGACCCAGCAGCCCUCUCCCCAAGGAGAUGCUCGAAAUGUACCCUAAUGCUCCUCUCAUUCGUCGUCAGGGCGAGGUCAACGCUUGGGACAAUGCCGAAUUCCGUGCCGCGAUACAAGCCGCUAACAAAACCCAAAUCAUUGUUGCGGGCAUCGUGACGGAUGUGUGUACUACCUUCCUCGCCCUCUCCUUGAGAGCAGAAGGAUACUCCGUAUUUGCCAACAUCGAGGGUUCAGGCACAACCACUGCGCUCAUCCGAGAUACAGCUAACUCACGUAUGGAGAAGGCUGGGGUGCAGCUUGUGAGUCUCUUUAGCAUUGUAUGCGAUCUUAUGCGCGACUGGCGCAACACCCCUGGUGCAAAGGAGAUCUUGCCAUAUCUCGAUAGGUUCAUGCCGGUUUAUGGAAUGCUUGCACGCGGCCAUGCGGCUGCGAUUGAGAACGAGACGGUCAUUCCAGGCGAGGCCGGACUUAUCACCGGGGCAAACGGAACUAUCAUCAUCUAG